GCGUCGGCCGUUACGUUGACAACCUGCUGUUUGACAGCUCUUGCGUCAUCUUUAUGCGCCGCGUGCGCUGCAUCUGUGGAGGACAUCGAGCAUGGGACACCUUGGCGUUUUAUGUCUACUGUCCACAUCUCUGACUUAUUUUAAUAUUUUGGGUGCUUCAGCUCACUCUCUUCCACCCUGCAAUGAGCAGCUGGAGUUCAGGUGUGACGAUGGCCUUUGCAUCCCUAAGCUAAGAGUGUGUGACGGACAGAAACAUUGUGUGGAUGGAUCAGAUGAACACAGCUGUGGUCACCUGGGACCUCGCACGCAGACUUCUCCGACAUGUGCAGCGUCAGAGUUUCGAUGUAAAAACGGGCAGUGUAUCCGUCAGUCCUGGAGGUGUGACCACGACCAAGACUGCUCUGACGGCAGUGACGAGGAAAGAUGUGAUCAGAACGAGUGUGAGGUCAAUAAUGGAGGCUGCUCCUAUGUGUGUGAGGACCAGCUGAUGGGUUUCAUCUGCCGCUGCCCUGAAAACAUGAGGCUGAUCGGAGACGGCCAGUGUGAAGAGGUCAAUCUGUGCCUGGAGCGCGAUGUGUGUGAUCAGCUGUGCGUUGCCAUGAACAACAGCCUCACCUGCAGCUGCCACGAGGACUACCAGAUGAAGCUCACAACCAGAGAGUGCAAGGCCAAAGGAGAUGAGGCUCAGCUGGUUUUCACCUCAUCUAAAGGAAUGCGAGCGAUAAGCAUCACUGGCACUGAGCUCAGGGAACCCGCCUCACACAUAUCAGGACCUGGACCAGUGGGGGUCUUAGCCUCCAACCAAACAGUGUUCUGGGCCCAGCAGGGACGAGGCUCCGUCUACAGGGUUGACCUCGAUGGAAAGCAGCGGGAUCACGUGUUGGUGCUGAGAUCUCAAGGUUCAGUCUCGAGCCUGGUUGUAGACUGGAUCCACCAGCUCCUCUACUGGACCAGUGUGGAGAGCGGUUCUGUUAAUGUUGGCCUGCUGGACGGCUCAGCUCAGCGUCAGCUCAUCACAGGACUGGACAAACCUUGUGCUGUGGCUGUGCAUCCUCUACAAGGGAUGCUCUUCUGGGCUCAGUGUGGCAGCUCCCCAAAGAUUUGGAGGUCCAGCUUGGAUGGUCAAAACCGAACGGCUCUGGUCAGCAGCUCAAUAAGCCGCCCUGUGGCUCUCUCUCUUGAUAUGCCUCGUCAGCUGCUGUACUGGGUUGAUCAGGGAAUGAGGAGCAUCUCCAGAGUUGAUCUCGAAGGCAGUCACCGUAAAACAGUGGUAGAGUCUAACGGUUAUCUGGACCGGCCGUUUGGAUUGGCUGUUUUUGAGGGUUUUGUAUAUUGGAGUGAAGAAGUGACAAACUCCAUCUGCAGAGCCAGCAAACACAACGGCUCCAACCUCCAAGUGCUGCUGUCAAAUGCCACCUCUCCGGGAGGAAUGGUCGUCAUCCAGCCUGCUCUCCAACCAAACGGGCCCUCUGUAUGCCGACAUCCUGGGACAUUGUGCGUUGCAGAGCUUCCAGGCAUUCUUCGCACGGUUCCUGCAACAACUUUAACUGAUCCUACAUUCGCUGGAGUCCUUUCUCUUAUCAUGAUUCUCAGUGUGUUGCUGGUGGGAAUGGCUCUGUGGUGGUGGAGAGAGGAGCUCAGCCCAUCUGUGUCGCUCACUGAGCAGAGCUUCUCCCUCAAAGAGUCCCAGGACCCGCUCAUCAUCCGGGAGCCACCCAUUGGACGAAACACACAACCUUUUAAGGCAAGACAAGUUUUGUGAACUCACACAGUGAUGCACAUAUAAAGCAGACAGAGGGCCUUCAUACACUUUAAAGAGGAGAUGUCAUUCAUUGAGCUGGACGUGUGUACACUUGAGAUAUAUAUAACAGUCUCAAAGCGAUGUUUAUUUUCCACCUCUUGCUUAUUUUAGAUGCUGUGUUUAUGUGGUGGCAAAGAGAAGUCAUUUCAAUAAUGAUAGAAAACUACUUUUUUUUAAUAUCAUUCAUAUCAUAUCAAGAAGGUCUUUGUCUUUAACUUAAAUAGUUUUUGGUUAUUUCACAUGAGACAUGUUUGUAUCUCUCUUUGUUCACCCUCUUCUCCCCCUUCUGAUGUUUGUGUCGGCUGGGAAGAAGUGAUGUCUCAAAUCGUUGAGCAUGUUCUGGCCACAUUUAAAUCAAACUCUGAUGACCUUUUGAGGGUUGUUUGGCUGCACUGUUUAAAUCCAAUCAAACCUCACCCACUGAUGACGCUUGAUGAACUCGAGUGUUUCAGUCACAGUAAAACAAACGUUUCAGCAUCUCUGCUUCUAUUGUACAUUUGUUUCCUUAUUAC